AUGCGGGACGAUAGCCCUACUCUGAAAGCUUUACAGGGUAUGUAUUCAUCGUUCCGGCCAGUUGUGACAGAAGAGAACCGGCGGAGACGGUUUCGGAUGCUCUGGCCCGGCGCUGCCGCAGCAACACCCAGCGCAUCGGGAUCUAUUGAAGUCCAAGAAGAGCUGAUUGAUGAGGAAGCCGUAGAGGAGAUUAACCUUGAUGAGGGCGAAUUGUUCUCUCAGCUGUGUACAGUCACCAACGUGGUCAAGGAGGGCAAGAAGCGCGGAUUCUACCCCUCACACGUCAACAUUAGCGAGAACGUCAUCCGCGUUUUCCGACGAUGGCUCAAUAACAUGGCAUUACAGAAUGACGGAAGAAAGGCCUGGAACGAAGUGCCUAUCGACUCAGACAGCAUUUUGUGGGCUGAUAACGACAAGAACAUCGGUCUACGACUGCAUGUUGUCGCUGCGCCAUCGGAGCGGAUGCCCCUCCUCUCUGGCCCAGACGAUGACGCGGCAGUUUCGUUUCACAUUGUUUACGAAGAGCUGAUUGUCAGGACAAGCAAACUGCUAUGGGCUGUCGAGGUGGCCAAUCAUGAGCUAGCGGACACAACUGGCCGGGGCCUCAUUGUCUCUUCUCUUUACACUGUAGACGACUUGGAACAAGGAUCUAUGCAAACAUGA